AUGGAGAGACGUGCGCCUCCUUUUCCCACUUCACAGUUCACGCUCUAGCCCCAGCCCCCCCACCUCCGGAGACCCCGAUCUCCGGCAAUGUCGCUCCACCAGCGGCCGCACCAGAAGCCGCUGGGCGCCGACUCCCUCCCCGUCUCCACGGGCCCCGCUAACGCCGCUCCUUCCCGCCCCCUGCCCCUCCUCACGCUCCCCUACCUUUUCUCCCUUCUCGCGCUCCUCCUCCUGCUCGCCCUCCUCUUCCCCUGGGGGCCGCCCCGCCACUCCGCGCCGGCCUCCCCGUGGCGCUCCUACACGCUCCAAGACGCCGCCGCCUUCGCCGCGGCCUCCGGCAACGGCACCAUCAUCCUCGCCGCCGUCUCCGGGCCAUACCUCCCCUUCCUCUCCAACUGGCUCAUCAGCGUCCGCCGCGCCGGCCGCGCUAACCAGGUGCUCGUCAUCGCCGAGGACUACGAGACCCUCGACCGCAUCAAUGCCGCAUGGCCCGGCCACGCCGUCCUCGUGCCCCCCGCGCCCGACGCCCAGGCCGCUCACAAGUUCGGGUCGCAGGGGUUCUUUAACUUCACCUCGCGGCGGCCGCGGCACCUGCUGCAGAUUCUCGAGCUGGGGUACAGCGUCAUGUACAAUGACGUUGACAUGGUGUGGCUUGCCGACCCGUUUCCAUAUCUAGUUGGCAACCACGACGUGUACUUCAUGGACGACAUGACUGAAGUGAAGCCACUAGAGCAUUCACAUGCGCUGCCGCCGCCAGGUAAGAAGGGGCGGCCAUACAUUUGCAGCUGUAUGAUCUUCCUGCAGCCAACAGAAGGGGCAAAGCUGUUGAUGAGGAAGUGGAUUGAGGAGCUCAAGGAACAGCCCUGGUCGAAGCAAGCAAAAUCAAAUGAUCAGCCAGCAUUCAACUGGGCUUUACUAAAGACUGCCGGGCAGGUGGACGUGUAUUUACUACCUCAGUCUGCUUUUCCAACUGGAGGUCUAUAUUUCAAGAACAAAACAUGGGUCAAGGAGACAAAGGGCAAGCAUGUCAUUAUACACAACAACUACAUAACAGGGUUUGAAAAGAAGAUAAAACGCUUCCGUGAUCAUAAACUCUGGCUGGUGGAUGAACACGGUGACGAGUCACCACUUGGUAAAAUAUGAGCAAGCUGUAAAGGCUGGAGUACAUCUAUCCUUGCAGCAGCAGCAUCGCAGUUUUGUGGAUGGUGUCUGCCCAACCAGAUGUUGGAUCCACCACAUGGAAUUCAACAAUCGAAUUCGAACACCAGAUCCAUAUGCAGAAGACUCCCUUUGUACAUCAAGGCCCUCAGGGGCUACGCUUUCUCAUGCAGUUCAUCUUUCUGAAGUACAUCUCUGUAACUGGAAAUGGCUGGUCGAGGAGACCAGUAAGAUUUUGUGGCAUGAAUGAAGAGAUUUUGUGGCCAUGAGUAUCGUGUAAGUCCAUGGGUUAAUUCACUGGGUCUGUAUAGCAUUGUAGUUUUGUGAAUUUGUACUAUUAUUGUUACUAAAAGUGCAGCAUUUUUGUACACUA